CAGGCACGGUGCAAAGGUCCUCUCUCCAUCCGCCCCCUCCCUCUGGUGUGCAUCCCGUCACCUGGGCCCAGGUGAGCCUCCUGAGGAUGCCCUCGCUGCUCCUGAUCUGCGGGGCGGCCGCUGCUGCCUUCUCGUGCCUGGAUGGCUGGUACCUGCUGAGGAUGCCCAUCACUUACCUGUACGCCAAGUGGCUGCUUCCCGCCAUCGCCGACCCUUUGCAAGAACAGCGGUUCCACAGCUGGGUGCUGCCCUCCGACUUGGACCUCCUGGUCCAUAUGAACAACGCCCGCUACCGGGAGGCCGACAUGGCCCGUUGCGUCUUCAUGGUCCGCUGCGGGCUCUUCCAGGCCAUCUGGGCCCUGGGGGGCCACACCAUGCUCUCCGCCUCCUGCUGCCGCUUCCGGCGUUCGAUGCACCUGCUGGAGCGUUUCACCAUCCAGACGCGCAUCCGAGGCUGGGACCAGCGGGCGUUCUUCCUGGAGCAGCGUUUCGUCAGCACCCGGGACGGCUUCGUUUGCGCCGUCUUGUUGGUGCGCCAACAUGUGGCGGGCACCACUCCGGGCACGGCGGUGGAGAAGGUGUGCCGGAGGAAGAUGGAUCCCAGCCUGUCGGAAGAGAUCCAGCAGUGGUCGAGGUACAACGAAGCCAGCAGCCAGAACCUCAGGAUGGAGAGUGACGUCCUGGAGAAGAGCAAGGCCCUCUGAUCGGGGGUACUCACCAGCGCCCCUCACCCUCUUCCAGACCAGGCUUCCAUCCCCCAAAGGAUGGGACAGGAUUUGCCGUCUCUUCUUUGUGGUGGGUACCUGGAGGAAAAGCUGGAAGAGCUGGACUUGAAGGCCCUCAAUGCCCCAAUUGGCCAGUUGGAUGGAGGGCAGGAGCCCCCUCCUUCUUCUUCUUUCCCUCCUCCUCUUCACUGUUCUUUCUUCUCCCCUCUACCCAUUU